AUGAGCUACGGCACCUUGGCGCUGUGCGCAUGCGUCCUCUACGCCCCCCACGCCGUCCUGUGCGGGCUGGCGCUCCUCUGGCAACCCAUGCUGAUGGUAACGAGCAUCCUCGUUUCCUUUAUUGCCUUUCUGCCACUUGUGAUGACGGGACUGAUAUUUGAGGCGCUGCGCUGGGCAGGUGUUGCGGACGUGACCACGGCCGCGUGGGUGGUGGUAGUUCACUUCAUAGCGCAGAAUGCCUCGCGAGUUGGCACGCUGCACGCGUGCUUGCGUCUGCAGCGACUUGGGUGGCAGCACGGCUUGCUGCUGGUGCGUAGCCGGUUUCCUUUAGUGCCCCUGAGCAUUGCCGUCGGCGCCGGCUUUGCUGCAGCGUCGCUUCUUGUGGGUGGCGGCGCCCUUCUUGCGGAGGCGUUGGAGGUGGGAAGGGGUUUGACUGGCAAUGGGAGAACCUCAUCCAACUCAACUGCGGCUGCGCAAGAGAUUGGCUUUCUCGCCUUCAGUGACAACUGCGCGCGGCUUUCUCGGCUUCUGCAGUCGUGCUUUCAGCAGACAUUCUUUAGCUGCGGCCAGGUAGCGUGGACGGUGAUGAUGGGGCAGGCGUACGCCGCCCUGCGGCCUCAGGAUGUGGCGGAGGACAUGUGGAGAUACACAGCGCGCGCGAAUGGUGCCGACGAAACCGCAACUCUCGGCGUUGUGACAACAACAUGGGCCGAGGAGGGCGGCAGUGCACCUAUGCCCCGGGCACUGAGGGCAGAGGAGUCCGUACGGGAGGACGCCUCUGAGCUCCUGCUGCUGGAUGAGGAAUGCGUGCCGGUUGCCGGAGACGGCGAGCCGGAAACUGCGGUCUACAGCGUGAGACGUGGACACGCAUCUGCCGCUGCUCGGCCGGUGCCGCGCGAGGAGGUGGAGGCAGGCCAGCGCGCGGCCUGCAGUGCUGGUGCGGUGACUGGCAUAGCCCCGUCAGCGGGGCCACCCAUAAGUGAAGCAACGAGAUCGUCCACCGCAGCGGAGCGUCAGGACAUGCCAUCGUCGUCAGCCGACGUGGCUGGGUGGCUUGUGGCGGACUCCGUAUUUGCGCAGCGGCUGCCUGCUGCUGUCCUCACUGGCGCUGCAGCACUGGUCCUCCAUCUGAUGUUUGUACUGCUGCCUGUGGCAGCAAUGGCGGCUGAUUCGGCGCCUGGGCAGAGCAAGGCAACUCCCUCACCAGCCAGUCGCUCGGAAGGGUGCCUCGCUAAAGUAUCUCUGCAGUGCGUCGUGACGAUGGUGUCGGUGUUGUGGGGACUGUGCAUUGUGGAGCUGGAACGCCACCCUUUCACCUACGCGAUUCUCUCAUCAUCGCCAGGCUCGUGA